ACAAUUUUUCCACCGUUAAACGUGAACGUAAUAACAAUGAGAACGGUAAUCCCCGUGGCAAUGUAAUCGUUAGCAUCCGGUGGUCUGAUUGGAGACGGUUGAUAGCGGAUGAAUGGUAUCAAAGACGAUCGCAAAAUCGUUUUGCAUGUUUUUUAGUUCCUUCACUCGGUGACUUUUAUUACUUCAGGGGAUUUGUGGUGAGUGACUCGCUGAGAUAAAGGAAUUGUGACUAAUUGAGGUGCAAUCCCGUGGAAACGAGGGGAUUCUAUGCUUCGUUCAUCUUUCUCAUUUUUUUUGCAUUGAUCAGGGCGAAUGAGAUUGUGGAGCAAAUGACACGACGGUUUGAUAAUAACUGCUGAAUUUGCACGUACAUUGGGUUAACUCACUCAGGCCCCAUCGAACGUAGGAUUGCUUUCGUGAGACAUGCGUAAUCAGCGAUUGUCAGUGAUGUUGCCGAAGGAAUCAUUCUACUUCUUGAUAACAAUUCAGUAACGAGUCGCGAGAGAGAUAUCUGCGAGUGUACAGUGAUAAGGCGCACAACGGGCCUUGUCAGUCGUCAGUGUCUUCUCGCAGCUGACGUUUUUCGGUGUUGUCAUUGUCAAAUCGCUGAGUGGGUUAUUCAAUGAUACAAAUUUGCGGUGCAAUCAAGAUGCCAUUCAACGUGUCAAACAGUUAUCAACUAGCACUUGAGCCACUUCAAAGUGUCAAGUGUUGAUGUGCUAGUUUUCAGUUCAUUCGAGUGAUAAGAAUAUUCUCCUAUGACAAUUGGAAAGUUAUUAGCUCGAUAACAAUCAGCACGAUGAAGGUGAUUGGAAUUAUUUUGGAGAAUGGAUCUUCGAUAACCGGAAAUUCAUAUGUCAAAUGUAAAAAUAGAAAUGGACGUUGUCAGUCUUUCAAUGACGACACGUGAAAAUACGGAGAUGCGUGUGGGAACAUUCAAUGCUGGAUAUAUAUAUUUUUUUUUCGCAAAUAACAAGAGCAAACUGUUCUCUGUUAGUGGCUGAUAAGUGACCGUCAGUGGUCAGGUGUUGGAGAAGCAUAUAAGACGUUACAUGUCAGUAUCGGCACAGUAUCAGUUUUGUCACGUCCCAGUAGUUGCAUUUCUCAUAAUAGGCACAUUUGGAUAUUUGAAACAGCAUUUUUUUUCUUCUGAUUUUUACGAUAAACAAUAGAGGAUUUAUUGUCAGCAUUUCGGUGAGGAGUGAGAGAGCCAGAGGGGAAGAGAGAUAAUUUAGUACCUGGAAUACAUGCAAAUAUGUUCAUGUGCCGUUGAUAUUCAGUCGAGACUCAUGGUCGAUGGGUAGAGUUCCUUGUGGUGCACCUGACCCAAUUUCUCUACGAUUCACAUCGACACGAUAAACUGCCUCUUGGAUCGAUAAGUCAUUAUCUUGGUCUUAUUGUUGGAGAGUAUUGAAUUAUCUGGUAUCAAGGUUACCGAGACAUUUUCCCAUUGAAAAGGUCAAGAGUGUUGCCAGCAUUUUUUAUAUCAUCACCUAUGGGAAAAAAUAAUAAUUCCAUUGAAAUGAAUGGUGAUAUGAAGAGCAAAAUAAAUCAUGGUAAUUCGGCAAAUCCAGAGAGUGGGGAUGAUCAGAAAUUACUGCCAUCGAGGUGUCAAACACCAAUUGUCAUCAAAGUUGCCAAGAGCAAUUGCCAGAGUCCGAAUCCUUCGUUCAGAAGCAGGAGCCGAUAUCGAUCGGGCCCAGUGCGAAAGAUACGUCGUCGUGCUGUACUGAAGAAUGGCGAGUGUAAUGUCCUCCAGUCUCGUAUCUCUCGUCGCUCCCUGCGCUUCCUCCAGGACAUAUUCACCACCCUUGUUGAUACACAGUGGCGCUGGACACUGCUGUGUUUCUCACUGAGUUUUGUCCUAUCGUGGUUGGGCUUUGCUGUUAUUUGGUGGCUGAUUGCCUUUACCCAUGGGGAUUUUGACGAGAGACACUUGCCGGGUAUGCAGGAGUUGAAUCACUGGACUCCCUGUAUAUACAAUGUCCACUCAUUUACAAGUUGCUUCUUGUUCUCAAUCGAGACACAACACACCAUUGGUUAUGGCAGUAGGGCAACAUCCGAGGAGUGUCCGGAGGCAAUAUUUGUCAUGUGCAUACAGAGUAUCGCUGGGGUAAUGAUCCAAGCUUUCAUGGUUGGCAUUGUAUUUGCCAAGAUGAGUCGACCCAAACAGCGCACACAGACCCUCCUAUUCUCCAGAAAUGCUGUCAUAUGUCAACGGGAUGGUGAAUUGAGUCUUAUGUUUCGCGUAGCUGAUAUGAGAAAAUCACAUAUCAUUGGUGCAACUGUGCGUGCACAAGUUAUUCGUACUAAAACAACCAAGGAGGGUGAAGUUAUGGCACAACAUCAGCAGGAACUUGAUGUUGGCACUGAUGGCCACAAUGGAAGUAUAUUCUUCAUUUGGCCAAUGACGAUUAUUCAUAAAAUCAAUUCAACUUCACCGUUCUACAGUAUGUCAGCUGAGGAUAUGCUGACUGAGAGAUUUGAAGUGGUUGUUAUACUCGAGGGUACAAUCGAAUCCACUGGACAAACAACUCAAGCACGCUCCAGUUAUCUGCCCCAAGAGAUACUGUGGGGUCACAGAUUCGAGCCCAUGGUCAGUUACUCCAAGGAGCGACAGGGAUACGAAGUGGAUCAUUCAUUGUUUAAUACAACAACACAAGUGGAUACGCCGUUGUGCUCGGGACGUGAACUAGCUGAGUUCUAUCGUGUACAAGAUGAAUUGCGCCAUGGAAAUGGUUUUCCAAUGGAUGAAGAUGGACUCAUGAUGGAGCCAUAUCACGACACUCAUCAUCAUUAUCCUCAUUCGCAUAAUCAUCGUCAUCCAAUGAUAAUUCCAAGCUCAAUGGUGAGGACUGAGAGUACCAAGAGUGAUAAUAGCCUCGAGGAGCACACUUUCUGUCGUGUGUGUCGUGAAAGUCAACAGCGUAUGCCAAGUCCACACUUACUAUCCCAACCCCACCGUGACUCGGCUUACAGAGUGGUUGAGGUGGAUCCUGAUGCUAUUCAGGUAAUCGGAGACAUGGAGCUUCAGCAAUUACCCGAGGCGGUUAAUCGUGAAAUUUUGAAAAAUAGCCGUGAGAUUGUGUUUGAGGAAGAGCCGAGGGAUGGGGAAAUGAUGCGUGAGGAGAAUUUCAUUAGAUCAGUAGGUCACAGAAGAGCUUUACUGAGGCACCCAUUACUAGACGAGGAAAGAAGAUCGUUGAGUGGCUCGAGGAGAAAUCUUAAUCACAAAAAUUAUCCUCAUAUCGAGGAUGAUAAGAGAUCACUCAAUGGAUCAAGGAGAAAUUUGAGUGGCUCGAGAAAAUACAUUUUAGUGCCUUUAGAGAGACCAGACUGCUGGAAUGGUAGUGCUAGAAAUUUGUACGUUGGUAGUCGUGAAAAUUUAAUUGGCUCAAGGAGAAACACUGGUAGUCGCGAACAGUUGAAUGUAAUGAGACGAAAUAUGAAUGGUGUCAAAGGGACCAGAGAAGUGUCGGAUGUAAGAGUGAAACGUCAUCAUCCCGUUGUACAUGCUGAUGGAGAAAUGGAAAAGCCCAGGAGAGCAGCAAAUCACAGUGAAACAACACGACAAUCCAGCACAACCAUUCCCUCACCCUCAUCCGACUCAAUAGUUUCACCAAAUGACAUUAUCGUUACAAUACCAACGGAGUCUGUAUUAACGCCUGAGUCUGGCUUUGCUGAAAGCCCACACUCUGGCUCAAGUCCCGAGUCUACGAGGAAGGAACUCCGACUUCCUGCUAAUUCCAUUAUUUCACGAAAUCGCCGGAGUUACGAGAAUGCACAGCUUCAGGAUGUCAAUCACGUAAUGACGAGAAAUAGUAGCUCCAGUAGUAGUACAUCAGACAGCGAUGGCACUACCAAGGAUAUUGUUCCAAUUGGUGGUAAAAAAAGUCAUGAAAGUAAUGUUAAACAAACUGUAUCGCAUACCAGUGUUUGACGUUUAUUUUCCUCUAGGUUUAAUGAAUUUCUCUUACUCCUAUCGCUGUUGCUUUGUACUUUUUAGUGUCAAUAUGAUACGUUAUUGCUUUUAAAAUUUUGGAUAAAUCAUGAGAUUCGGAAUUAUUAUGACAAAGAAUUGAUCAUCAGUGAACUGCUGUAUUUAUUUUCAGAAUAUAGUAUUUUUGAAAUGUAUGAUAAUGGAGUUUGAAUAAGACAAUAAAGUAAACUGCUGGACAGUUUCACAGUA